CGGGUAUCAGCUACCGAGCCGCAGGUGGCGGCGGGCGCGGGGCUCGGCCCGAGCUCGGGAGAUGGGGAAACUGAGGCACGGAGCUGGACAGUGACUCAGAUACCUACCAGGCACAAGAUAGGAACCUUCAGGGGUCUCCACAGAGGCCAUCAAAAUGUCAUAUUUUGGGGAGUAUUUUUGGGGAGAGAAAAACCAUGGCUUUGAGGUCCUGUACCACAGCGUGAAGCAGGGGCCCAUCUCCACCAAGGAGCUGGCAGACUUCAUCCGGGAGAGGGCCACCAUCGAGGAGACCUACUCGAAGGCGAUGGCAAAACUUUCCAAGCUGGCCAGCAACGGGACCCCCAUGGGGACCUUUGCCCCACUCUGGGAGGUCUUCCGAGUCUCCUCAGACAAGCUGGCGCUCUGCCACCUGGAGCUGACGCGGAAGCUUCAGGAUCUCAUCAAGGAUGUGCUCCGCCACGGGGAGGAACAGCUCAAGGCACACAAGAAGUGCAAAGAGGAAGCGGUGGGCACCCUAGAUGCCAUACAGGUCCUCACGGGGGUCAGCCAGCUCCUGCCCAAGUCUCGAGAGAACUACCUGAACCGUUGCAUGGACCAGGAGCGGCUGCGGAGGGAGAGCACCAGCCAGAAGGAGAUGGACAAGGCGGAGACCAAGACCAGGAAGGCAGCAGAGAGCCUGCGGCGUUUGGUGGAGAAAUACAACUCAGCCCGCUCUGACUUUGAGCAGAAAAUGCUGGACUCAGCUCUGCGCUUCCAAGCCAUGGAAGAGACCCACCUGCGGCAAAUGAAGGCACUGAUGGGCUCUUACGCCCACUCAGUGGAGGACACCCAUGUGCAAAUUGGGCAGGUGCAUGAGGAGUUUAAGCAGAACGUAGAAAACGUCAGCGUGGAGAUGCUGCUGAGGAAGUUUGCAGAGAGCAAAGGCACAGGCCAGGAGAAGCCUGGGCCUUUGGACUUUGAGGCGUACAGAGCGGCUACCCUGCAGGAAGCAAUGAAACGUUUGCGUGGAGCCAAGGCCUUUCGCCUCCCAGGACUGAGCCGGCGGGAGCGGGAGCCACCUACAGCUGUAGAUUCCCUGGAACCUGAUUUAGGGACUUGUCCAGAGGUGGAUGAGGAAGGUUUCACCGUCAGGCCUGAUGUCACCCAGAACAGCACAGCAGAGUCCACCCACUUCUCAUCCAGUGACUCCGAUUUUGAUGAUGAGGAACCCCGCAAAAUCUACGUGCACAUCAAGCCUGCCUCAGCCCGGGCCCCACCCUGCAGUCCCAAGGCAGCUGCGGCCCAGCUCAAGGCCACAGCAGGCAGCCUCAUUCUUCCUCCCGGCCCCGGGGGCACCAUGAAACGCCAUUCUUCACGGGACACUGUCGGGAGACCACAGAGGCCUCAAUCCGCCCCAAGGGCCAGCAGCUGUGCGGAGAAGCUGCAACCGGAUGAGCAGGUUUCCAAGAACCUCUUUGGGCCUACCCUAGAGUCCGCCUUGGACCACGAAGAUUUUACAGGCUCUAGCAGCCUCGGCUUCACCUCCAGCCCCUCGCCUUUCUCCUCCUCGUCUCCCGAGAACGUGGAGGACUCCGGACUGGACUCACCAUCCCACGCGGCACCGGGUCCCUCCCCGGAUUCCUGGGUUCCACGCCCCGGCACCCCGCAGAGCCCACCUACUUGUAGGGUGUCACCCCCGGAGUCAAGGGGCACACAGUCCCUGCUGCCAUCAGACUCGCCACAGCCCCUUGCAGCAUCCCCAAGCCCCUGGGGGCCGGAGGCUGUGGCUGGAGGAGACUUGAUGCCUGUACCUGCUGACUUUGCUGUCAGGGAGGGUCUGGCAGCCCCAUCCCGGAGACUGCGCUCCAGGAAGGCAUCCUGUCCCCUCAUGCGCAGCAAUGGAGACCUGUCUCGUUCCCUGAGCCCCUCUCCACUGGGCUCUUCAGCUCCCAGCUCCAUCCCUGAACGGCCCAGCUUCGCAUCCCAGACUGGACAUGGAGUCUCUCGGGGUCCCAGCCCUGUGGUCCUGGGCUCCCAGGAUGCCCUACCCGUGGCCACUGCCUUCACUGAGUACGUCCACGCCUACUUCCGUGGCCACAGCCCCAGCUGCCUGGCUCGAGUAACUGGGGAGCUGACCAUGACCUUCCCUGCCGGCAUUGUACGCGUGUUCAGCGGGACCCCACCCCCUCCCGUCCUCAGCUUCCGCCUCGUGCAUACGGCCCCCAUUGAGCACUUCCAGCCCAAUGCUGACCUGCUCUUCAGUGACCCUUCCCAGAGUGACCCAGAGACCAAAGACUUCUGGCUCAACAUGACGACUCUGACUGAGACUCUGCAGCGCCAGGCAGAGCAGAAUCCAGCUGCCUCCUACUACAACGUAGUACUCCUGCGGUACCAGUUCUCCCGCCCCGGUCCCCAGUCCAUGCCUCUGCAGCUGAGCGCCCACUGGCAGUGUGGGCCGACCCUCACUCAGGUCUCGGUGGAGUACAGCUACCAACCCGGUGCCACAGUCGUGCCCACGCCGCUCACCAAUGUCCAGAUCCUGCUGCCCGUGGGGGAACCUGUGACCAAUGUCCGCCUGCAGCCGGCUGCCACCUGGAACCUGGAGGAGAAGCGGCUCCUAUGGAAGCUUCCAGAUGUGUCUGAGGCAGGGGGCUCUGGCCGCCUGUCUGCCAGCUGGGAGCCAUGCUCUGGGCCCAGCACGCCCAGCCCUGUGGCUGCUCAGUUCACCAGUGAGGGGGCCACUCUGUCCGGCGUGGACGUGGAGCUGGUGGGGAGUGGCUACCGCAUGUCGCUGGUAAAGAGGAGGUUCGCCACAGGUACGCCCUUGCCCUGCCACUGCGCAUCCCCGGAGCCAAGACCAGGCCGGGCUCUGAGUCCCACUCAUUGCUUCUGCUAGGAUGCAGGGAGAGGGGAGACAUUUAGGGUGUUUGGAAGAGAUAGGUGGGUGUUGGGGCCUGGAGACCCAAGGUGGCGGGUACAGGUGGAGAGAUGGGUCGUCAGAGCCCCAGUGAAAGGGAUCAAGACGUAUCCUCUAUGGGACUUCCCUGACCAGCCAGUGGUUAAGACACCAUGCUUCCACUACAAGGGGCAUGGAUUCAAGCCCUAGUCGGAGAACACAUGCGCAGUGCAGCCCAAAAAGAAAGAAAAAAAGAAGUGUCCCCUGGCUGGCUGGCGUCCUUGCGAGAACCCAAGGCAGGGAGCCGGAGGCCCCACUGGUGCAUCCACCCCCACCCCCAUCCCAUGCUUCUGUCCCCACGAGCGGCUGCUGGGGUCCAUGGGACAGUGGAACAGUGAGCUACAGGGGUGUUUGGGAGAGCUUAGGGGAUCCCUUCUCCCCUCACCACUCUGUCUCCACAGGGAAGUACCUGGUGAGCUGUUAAGCCCGCAGAAGCUGACCAGCAUUGCUGGCCCCAGCUCCGCCCUGCAUUGUGGUGCUCGCUGACUGCUUCCUGCCCUCCUGCUGGACCCGGGGGCUCCCCACCUGGCCUCCCCUGAGGCCCUGACUCCAUGGAGAGGAUCCCCGUACUCAAUUUGGCUGAGCCUGAGAUACACUCCUGCUCACGCCAACUCCCGUGCAGGUCCUCGACCUUUUGAUGUUCUUUACAUAAACACUCUAUUUUCUAAUAAAAUAAAU